UGAUAAGUUAACGGUGGUCCAUGUACAUAGGACGUACGGCCUCCGUCAGUCGGCCUUCGGUAUUUCUGUUCGCCUUACUGAGUUCCGCGAUUACCUCUGGGAGCUGAGCCGCGGCUGGCUUAGAGAGAAGUGUGUGACCACAGCCCUCGCCACGCACUCGGUGACUCUCCGUGCAUCACAACCAAGCCUUGGGUGUGUGUGUAUGCGUGUGUGUAUGUGUGAGUGAGUGCGUGUGUGUCAGUGAAUAACAUCCUUGUGAUACGAAGUGGAAUACAAAUUCUCAGCAGCAACUCGCAAAACCACCCUGUUCAUGCUGCACCAAAUGUUGCAAAGGAACAGUGACGCGGUAUUACUGUAAAGUUCUGUCCCGUGUGGCUCGCUGCGACCUUCCCGCGUUACCCUGGACUGUCUCUCCCCUCGUCUACUCGAUCUUCACUGCAGGAGGAAUAGUAGUGCCCUGACCUGAGAGAAGAGAAGAAGGAUGCCGCUCGCCUUGGGAUUAUUUCCAGUUCAGACAUGCCCCAGAAUCUAGGUAAUGUGAUCUCACCUGUUGAAGUUAAAUUUCUAUCAUCUUCCUUACACAAACUUCCGGCGUCCCACGUUAUGGAAAUCAACACUUCUUAUGGCGGACCCUUGGUGAAGAAAGAGGUGGGCAGUCCCCCGCUGGGUUCGCCACAGUUGCCGCCGUGUUCCGUGUCGUCUGAGCUUACUGAGAUGGCCAACGACCCGGCCACCUUCGAGCAGCACCUUCUGCAGCUGAAGCAGGACCAACAGCUGCAGCAGGAACUCCUCCUCCAGCAGUACCAACUACAGCAGCAACAACUGACGGAACAGCACCAGAAGCAGCUGCAACAACACAUUAAGCUCCAACAAAACCUGCUCUACCACCAGUUUCAGCAGGAGCACCAGCGCCUCCUAGAACAGCAGGAAAACGAACUACGCUCCCAGCUCAAGCAGUACCUGGAGCAGCAAACGAAGCGGGAGGAGGAGCGGAUUGAAAAACAGAAGAAGGAGAACGAGAGACUGGAGGCGAUCAAGAUGAAGGACAAGAGUGAGGAGUCCGCGGUGGCGUCCUCAGAAGUCAAACAGCGGCUACAGGAGGUUAUCUUGAAGAAGCAACGGGAUGCGAAGGCGGCUGGCGGCGGCGGAGGGGCGGCGGGGGGCACCUCCAGCCUCCGGGCCUGGCCGCCUGGCAACGACUUCCCCCUCCGCAAGACAGCCUCGGAGCCAAACAUCUGUCUGAAGGCCCGCCACAGGCAGCGUAUGAGCACCGAGCGACGCCCUUCCCCCUUGGUGCCGCGCCGCAAGGACAAGCUACCCUGCUCCAUCAAGAGACGCCCGCCCUACGCAGUUGAGAGCGGGUCCACGCCAGACAGUGGACAAAGCUCGCCUCCCAACGGCCUUCCCACUUCCCGUUCCUCCUCGGGGUCCACGCCCAUCCACGAGGAAGGGGGCGGCUCUCCCUACGGCGCCCACGGGGGAGGAGGCCAAGGAUCCUGCUCCGAUCUCCCCGUCUACUCAUCUCUCCCCAACAUCUCCAUGGGACGUCCCCCACAUUCCACCCAGCCCGAAGGGCUGAAGCUUCCCAUCGUGUCUGAAGCAGACAUGCGGACACUCCCAACCCAUGUCAGUAUGCCUCUCACGGGACACCUGCUCUCCUCCACUCUGCCCUAUUACCCUACACUGCCAGUGAUUGAUGGUGAGGGGUACAGCAUGGGUACACCACGGGGCCAACAGGUCACUGCCAUGGAGACCAGUAGUGGUGGGGGCAUCAUGCGAGGAGGCAUCUAUCACCCCAGUGCUGCUCCAGCCAUUACAGACCCCCAGGUGAGGUCCAGCCGCUCACGCCCAUUGAGCCGAACCCACUCCUCCCCGCUGCCCCUGGGCCAUCCUGUGUUGCAGGCUCAACCUCCUUCCUUCUUGCCCCACGCACCUCCUUCAGCUACACACCAGCACACCCUUGACCCCUACCUCCUAAAGCAGCAAAUCCGGCACGCAGUCUUGACACGCGCCAACAGCAAAAACCAGGUGGAGAAUGUGGCAGAGGAGACAGAGGCAGCUGUAGCGCAGGCUAUUGCCACUGAUAAAACCCCUGAGGGGAGGGAGGAGGAGGCUCUACAUGAGGAGGAGCCAGAGGUAAUAGACCUCACUGAACGCAAGAUAGAGGAGAGUCAGUUGGCGGCCAGACACCACCGGGAACACAUACUCUUUCAGCACCACCGAGACCUAACAGUCAAGCCUCCACCUCUCCAUUCUGCCACUGGUUCAGCCUUCACCCCCGCCCCUCGCUCUGGUAACCAUAUAGCACGGCCGCUGUCCCGUGCCCUCAGUUCCCCCUUGGUCACUCUCUCCCCUCAGGGUUCACCACAGGAACAACUCAACAUCAGUAAACAGGGUGCAACCACCGGGUUAGCCUACGAUAACAUGAUGCUCAAGCACCAGUGUGUGUGCGGUGAUAACUCCCACCACCCUGAGCACGGGGGUCGCCUCCAUUCCAUCAUGGCCCGCCUGCAGGAAACUGGCCUCAUCCACCGCUGCCAUUAUCUGCGUGCCCGCAAGGCCACACUGGAGGAGAUACAGUCCUGCCACAGCGAGGCCCACACACUCCUAUUUGGAACUAAUCCCCUCAAUCGAAGUCGGCUUGACAUGAGCAUGUUUGCUGACCUACCCAUCAAGAGCUUCGUUCGGCUACACUGUGGAGGCAUCGGUGUAGACCUGGACACCACCUGGAAUGAGAUGCACACGUCCUCAGCUGCCCGCAUGGCUGCUGGAUGUGUGGUGGACUUGGCUUACAAAGUCGCGACGGGUGAGCUGCGUAAUGGGUUUGCGCUGGUCCGUCCGCCAGGGCACCAUGCAGAGCAUCAACAGGCCAUGGGAUUUUGUUUCUUCAACUCCAUUGCCAUUGCAGCUCGCCAGCUCCACCAAAAGCUCAAUCUGAAGAAAAUCCUUAUUGUGGACUGGGACGUGCAUCACGGCAAUGGCACGCAAUCCAUGUUCUAUGAUGACCGUCAUGUCCUCUAUAUCUCCAUGCAUCGCUAUGAUGAUGGGAGCUUUUUCCCUGGUACUGGAGCACCCACUGAGGUGGGGGAAUGUGAUGGGUAUGGCUUCAAUGUCAACAUUGCUUUCUCUGGUGGCCUGAAGCCUCCAAUGGGUGAUGCAGAGUACCUGGCUGCUUUUAGAAGUGUUGUUAUGCCCAUUGCUAGGGAAUUUGACCCUGACGUAGUGCUAGUGAGUGCUGGCUUUGAUGCCGCAGAUGGCCACCCUUCACCACUGGGAGGCUACAAGGUGUCAGCCAGCUGCUUUGCUCAUAUGACUAAACAGCUCAUGACUCUUGCCCGGGGCAAGGUGGUGCUGGCACUAGAAGGAGGCUACAACCUUACCAGUAUCAGUGAUGCCUCCGAGGCAUGUGUGAGAGCCCUAACUGGGGAGGACCUGCCGCCCAUCUCUGAGCAUGAGUUGGCACGUCCACCAUGCCAGAGUGCACUUGAAACCCUCCAGAAUGUUAUUGCAGUGCAGAGUGGACCUUGGCCAGUGGUACGGCGGCAGAGUGGGCUGCUAGGGUUGUCCCAGGCAGAGGCACAGGGCCGAGAGGAGGAGCAGGAGACUGUCUCAGCCAUGGCCUCCCUCAGGGUGGAUCCACAGAAUCACCAGUCCAGGAGUCCAGAGCCGCCUCCCCAAACCACAGCCCCUGGGACCUCUAAUGAUGAGGAGGAGCCCAUGGAGGAGGACUCAGAGGUGAAGUAACGGGUGGGCAGGACCCCCCUGUGAGACUCCUUUGACUGGCCGGGCUACCCUGCCCCGCUCACCAAGCCUGUGACAGGUCAACUGCGCUUGCAUUUUGGAGCACCACCAUGACCACCUUUUUUCUGGUGUGUCUGGUGGACAAGUGACCAGUGAUAUUUAGUGUUAAUGUUGCGGUGGCAUGAGGGACGCGCGUCGUGUCGGUCCAGUGGUUGGGCGUGUUCGACGAACCAAAGAUUAGAUAGAUUUUUAUGAUGUGCGUACACGGUGUCUUAAAUUUCUUAAGGUUGUAGUGUUCCAUAGGUAGAUGGACCGGUCUGCCCGGUCAUAUUUAUUGCUGAACCACAUUUAUUUUCAUUACAUAUUAUGGGAGAGUAAGUUUAUAUUAUAUGUACUGCUGCUAGGCAGUUCCCCGCCUGCGUGUGUGGCCUGGACCGCCCCACCAGACUCCUGACACCUUAAUCAAUACCUGUGCCAACCACUUAACAGAUGUUUUCUGUUGACAAACUAAACUUUGAAGAUGUUGUUAGUAUUCAUAGUGUUUAGUAGAUAAAUGUAUAAUAUACAUAUAUAUAUAUAUAUAUAUUAUAUAUUCAAUUUUAUGUAUUUCAAAUUUUAUUUGUUCACCUCACAUGAUGGUGUAAAUUCAUGUCACUUAAGUGCACAAAAACAUAUUACAAGCCUUACUUGUUACCAGGAAGGUGAGAUGCUAGGAACCAGGGAGUGGUGCUCCUCCCCGCUGCUGUGAACACUUCACUGGACCCUGUGGGCCAGGUGGGGACAGGUGAUAUUUGUGCUGUGAGGGACAACUAUAGUGUUGGCAGCAGUGGAAGGAGCAGGGAGGGUGGGAGAGCCUGGGUGUGCCCUGCCCCACCCUGCCCCGCCCCACCCAAGCUCGUGCCGGCACCUGCGUGGAGGGCCGGGGACCCCCUGUCUUGAUAAACUUGUGUACACAGUUUAAUACUUUUACACCCGGCUCAUGAGCGCUAGUCAGAAUCACAUCCCUCCUCCUCCUACUCUCCUGUGUGGCCAAGGCUGCCACUCUGUGUUCUGGUGUGGAGCUCAAGGCUCUGUGGGGUUUCAGGAAGGCUUGAGAGUCCCGCCCGUACCCUGUAUCUUGUCCCUGUAUGGCCACCGUGUCACAUAAUAAACAGAUGUUCAUCAA